AUGCGCCAGCUGGAGCUGGCCUGCGAGAAACCACUGCAAGCUGGGGCCCACAAUGGCCAGCGCCACGCCGAAGAAUCUCGCCGAGAAACCCGCCCGGAAUCCCCCCCGCAAGACUCGCCGUGGAAUCGCCCCGUCUGGCGCAGGAUUGGUGCCCAGAAGUUUCCCCGGAAAAGCUUGCCUCCAUACGUGGUCAUGCGGGAGUGUUUCUGGGGCUUGUUGUUGCUCCAUCGGAAUGUCCCAGAUCAUCAGGGCCCCGGAAGUUAUUUUCCUCGUCUGGUGAUGCCAAUGGCGUGUUGCGCUCACGAGGAAGGAUUGUCUCACACUUCGUGGUCACUGGAUUGGAUUGUGGCGUCCAGACAGGAAGCCGAGUCGCCCAGACUCUCUGGAGCCGGCAAGCCGUAUUCUCGCGUUUCCUCGCUUCUCCAGUUUCGCUUCGUCGGCAUCACAGGAGAGUCAGUCAGGGCUCGAGAGAUGGGAGGAGAAGCCUGUGUUUAG